AUAUAAUAAUAUACUAAGUUAAAGAGUCGAGAGCAAUGACCAAGACCCCCUUGGAUUAUCAAUAUACACGCUCAUAGUUGUCCUUGUGUUUUUUUAUUCAGUCAUGUCAAUAUCAUGAAACAAAGAAUUUAAUUCAGGUUUGAGUUCAAGUACAAAAGAUGAUGUGGAAUGGAGUUAAUUAGAGUGCUUCCAUGAGUUCUUUCAAUGGGAAAGAAAAGGAGCUGGUUUAGUUGGGUGAAGAAGAUUUUCGCUUCUGAUGCAAAACCAAAAACUGAAAAGAAAUCAAAGAGGUGUAGAUGGAUUUUUGGAAGACUGAAGCUCAAGCAAUACCAGCCUGCACUGGCGGCACCACCGCGGAGAUCAUUGUGUCAAGCAACGGAGGAGAAACGAAAGCAUGCUUUGAACGUCGCCAUCGCUACUGCCGCUGUAGCCAAGGCCGCGGUUGAAGCCGCACAAGCUGCGGUUGAAGCCGCACAAGCUGCGGCAGAGGUUGUCCGUUUUGUGGGAGCCUCUAAAUCUUUCCAUCAUUUCACAACAAAGGAUAGGAAUCGAGCUGCUAUUAAGAUCCAAGCCGCUUUCCGGGCACAUCUGGCAAGGAAAGCCCUACGGGCACUAAGGGGGACUGGUGAAACUCCAAGCCAUCAUCCGCGGCCAAGUUGUGCGACAUCAAGCAAUGAAAACUAUGAAGUGCUUGCAAUCUGGUACAAAAAUGUACCCAGAGAUAAAGGAGAAGGGCAUUUCUACACCAAAACUUGUUUGUCCAGACACCAGGAAAAAUCAGAGCCUCACACAAAAAGAUGAGUUGCAGCCUUGCAGGACAAGGACAUCAUUAAACAUGAUUACUGUAGUCAAAGGGGUUGGAAUGACAGUGCGGUUUGUAAAGAAGAAGCUGAAGCCAUAUCCUUAAGAAGGAAGGAAGCAACGGCCAAAAGAGAGCGUAUGAAGAAAUACUCGUGUUCUCAUCGGGAGAAAGCGAGUACUCGAAUGCUUGAUGAAUCCAUGCAUAUCAAAGAAACCGGAAGGAGCAGCUUUGUGAAAGCAGAAGAAAAUGACGAGGGAAAUAGAAAUGAAAGUGUGAUGAUUUUGACAUCCAACAAAACUUUGAACUCGGGUACAUGGGGGAAGUACAUGGUCUACCUCAUAUUCGAUUUAGAAAUUUACAAAAGCAAGACAUGCUAGACGGACUGAACUCGCCAUUUUCGUUUCCAAGAAGAUCGUUCUGCCGUGCCGGAGACGA